GCAGGACCUCCUUUCUAUCGUUCACAUAAUGAAGAAGGAGCACGACGGGAAAGGACCGCAGCAGAUAUUUUCUUUUUUUUUAAAAAUAGGGGAAAAAAUAUCAGCCUGCCGACCUCGGUGCUUUUGUGUGGAUUAUACUUGGCUUGAAAGAUUAACUGCGAUUGGAACUGAGACAAAAAAAAUACUCGAUUUUAACCAAAGAGUUUUUCUGUGGAACAAUACACGGAUAGAACAAUGAUGAGGCAAGUAACGGUGACUAUCUUUCUCCUCUCCCUCGGCUUUGUGUUCGGGCAAGUUUCUUACACUAUUCCGGAGGAAAUGGCCAAAGGAUCUUUAAUAGGAAACAUAGCUCACGAUUUAGGUUUGCAAAUCAAACGCCUGACAUCAGGCAAAGCGCGAAUCUUCACCCGAGACAGCGACGAGUACGUAGAGCUCAACAGAGAAACGGGAGCCAUCCUUGUGAAGGAGAGAAUCGACAGAGAAAGCCUUUGCAAAAAGACGACCCCUUGUUCUUUACAUUUUCAGAUUAUUUUAGAAAACCCAAUUGAAUUUUAUAGCGUUACGAUUCAGAUCACAGAUAUUAACGACAAUGCGCCAUCUUUUGAAAAACGAGAGAAGAAAUUCAAAAUUAGUGAAUCGGCUGUGAUGGGAGCUAAAUUUGUUUUGGAAAGAGCUGUCGAUCUUGAUGUCGGAAUUAAUGACCUCAAAAGCUACACUUUAAAACCAACAGAGAAUUUUGAGUUAAAACUACACAACAACCCCGAUGGGAAUAAAAAUGUAGAGAUGGUGUUACAGAAGCCAUUAGACAGAGAAAAACAGGAAAAUAUAAAUCUCGUGUUGACAGCUGUUGACGGAGGAGUGUUGCAGAUGUCAGGAACGAUGCAGAUUGUUAUUACAGUGCUAGACGCUAAUGAUAAUGCUCCGGUUUUCACACAACAGAUAUACAAAGCUACUGUCACUGAAAAUUCAGCAAAGGGAACAGUUGUUGCAACAGUUAAAGCUUCAGACGCAGACGAAGGCUCUAACAGUAAGAUAACAUAUACAAUUACAAACACCUUCGAUGAUGUUAAAAAUAUAUUUGAAGUAAACCAAGAAAGCGGUGAAGUGAUUUUAAUUGGAAAUACGGAUUUUGAAGAGUCAAGAAGUUAUCAGAUAUAUUUACUUGCUAGUGAUGAAGGUGGUCUCACAGAUUCUUGCAAAUUAUUUGUCGAUAUACAAGAUACAAAUGAUAACAACCCACAAAUUAAAAUCAUGUCAAAGUCUACGCUUAUUUCAGAGGACGCGAAACUAAAUACAGUAGUAACAGUGAUAAGCAUCGAGGACAAAGACUCAGGGCAAAAUGGAAAAGUAAAAUGCUUCGUAAAUGAAGAUACGCCUUUCAGUUUAAAAUCGUCAGCGAAUGAUUUCUAUAGUUUAGUGACAGACACCGAAUUAGACAGAGAAACAGCUGCGGGGUUUAACAUCACAUUAACAUGUUUUGAUGAAGGAGUGCCAUCCCUCUCCAGCAGCGUCACUCUCACCUUACAGAUCUCUGAUGUGAAUGAUAACGCGCCUGUCUUUGAGAGGAGCUCAUAUGAGGCCUACAUUGUAGAAAACAACACACCAGGUGUGUCUGUAUUCACAGUAAAAGCUACAGAUGCUGAUUGGAACCAAAAUGCUCGUGUAUCUUACAUCUUGGAGGACUCCUCUAUUAACGGAGUAUCAGUCUCCUCAUAUGUGUCCGUCAGUGCUGAUAGUGGAGUCAUUCAUGCAGUUCGCUCUUUUGACUACGAGCAGAUCAAAUAUUUUCAAUUCUGCAUUAAAGCGCAGGAUGGAGGCUCUCCUCCUCUUAGCAGCAACGUGACUGUGAAAAUCCUGAUCCAGGACCAGAACGAUAAUCCACCUCAGGUUCUGUACCCAGUCCAGACUGGAGGCUCCAUGGUGGCUGAAAUGGUGCCUCGUUCAGCAGAUGUGGGCUACCUGGUGGCUAAAGUGGUGGCUGUGGAUGUGGACUCUGGACAGAAUGCCUGGCUCUCCUAUAAACUCCAGAAAGCCACAGACAGAGCGCUGUUUGAAGUGGGCUUACAGAAUGGAGAAAUAAGAACUAUCCGUCAGGUGACUGAUAAAGAUGCUGUGAAACAAAGACUGACUGUCAUAGUGGAGGACAACGGGCAGCCCUCUCGUUCAGCUACAGUCAUUGUUAACGUGGCGGUGGCGGACAGCUUCCCUGAAGUGUUGUCGGAUUUCGCUGACUUUCCACACGAUAAGGAAUACAAUGACAACCUGACUUUUUACUUAGUGUUGGCUCUGGCUGUGGUUUCCUUCCUCUUCAUCACGUGUUUAGUGGUUAUAAUAUCAGUAAAGAUCUACAGAUGGAGACAGUCUCGCAUCCUGUAUCACUCCAGCCUCCCUGUGAUUCCAUAUUAUCCACCUCGUUACUCAGACACUUUGGGAACUGGGACUUUGCCACACGUGUACAAUUACGAAGUGUGCAGGACGACUGACUCCAGAAAAAGCAACAAUAAGUUUGGCAAUACUGCUAAACAGAACCUGUUGAUAAUGGACCCAAGUUCAACAGGGACGAUGCAACGGAUCCACAGUGAGACGAGCAUCCUGGAUGAACCCGAAUCUCCACUAGAGGUUAGACAUCAAUAUCGAUAA